AUGGCGACCACAAUAUUGGGCAUUGAUAUGAGCAGGGCAUUUGAUACAAUCCGCAGAGACAAGCUAAUGGAGAUCCUCAAAACUAUUCUUGACAGUGACUCGAUCAGAAUGGUUCGAGCACUACUUAUAGACACCGAGUUAACGGUGAAGAUCGGACCCGUACAAUCAAGAUCUUUCAAAACAAGCAUUGGAACGCCCCAAGGUGAUUCAAUAUCACCUGUACUAUUCAUUGUCUAUCUUGAAGCGGCACUAAGAGAUCUGAGAAAACUAGUGAAGACUACUUCAAUAACUGAAGUGAUAUAUGCCGACGAUGUAGACUUUUUGUCUCAUGAUAAGUCGACACUCGAAGAACUGCUGAACAUUGCUCCUCAGGCACUGGAAAAAUGGUUCUUAAAAGUGAACAUAGAAAAAACCGAAUAUGUAACAAUCAACCGGGAGGCAAAUAGAACAGACGAAAAAUGGCGAAACUCGAAAAAAGUUGGAACUCUUUUAGGAGAUAGUGAAGACAUUAUGAGGAGAAAGAUGCUAUCGACUGUUGCACUUAACAAACUGCGGACCACUUGGCUACGAAACCGCGAGGUUGGAACGCCUUACGUGCCAAAUUAUACAAUGCUUUUAUUAAACCCAUACUUUUGUACAACGGAGGAACAUGGGGAAUAUCUGAGUCUGAAUCAAAAUCUCUUGAUGCAUUCCAUAGAAGACAGUUAA